AUGGGACUCGGUGUCCUGGAAGACAAACAUUUCCCAUACGUCCCCGGAACGGUUUUGCUAGAGCAAGAGGCAGCCAGUUCUACUCAGCAUCUCAAGCAUGGCCGUGGCAGAAACGCGAACGUUGUCCUUUCUCCGCAACCGAGCACGGAUCCAAACGACCCUCUAAACUGGCCGGGAUGGAAGAAAGAGUUGGUUAUCGUGAUUCUCUGCUUCGGAGCAAUGCUCAAUGCUGGCACAAAUGCUCCUCUACUCAAUGCGUCAUACUACCCUAUGGCUGUGGAAGUCAAUGUUGACCUGACGACUCUCGUGAUGGCUUCCGGGUAUAACGUCCUUGCAGCAGGCUUAUCUGGACCCUUUAUUAGUGCGUUAAGCCGGAAGUAUGGCAAGCGACCGAUUUUCCUUGCGUCGACGCUAUUCGACAUCAUCGGCACGGCCGUCGCAGAAGCGAAGAUCAGUUACAACUAUCUCCUUGCCGGUCGCAUCAUUCAAGGGUUCGCCAUGAGUGCUUUCGAGUCCUUGGUAAUUGCUGUUGUUGGAGACCUAUACUUCGUACACCAGCGAGGCCUCAGAAUCGCAGCCCUCAAUUUCAUACUGCAAGCUGCCGCGAACUUGGCCUCUAUCAUCUGUGGACAAGUAUUUGCAAGCUUAGGCUGGCUGUGGCUGUUUCAUCUGUUCCAAAUCUUCCUCGUCAUACAAUUUGUCCUCAUGUUCUUGUUCUGUCCAGAAACAACCUAUGUUCGAGAGGCACGGUAUGAAACGGACACCAAUAUGGAUGGGAAUUUUGACGACCUGGACAAGGAUGGGAAGCGGAUUCAGGAAAGUAAGGCACAAGCCGCGACCGAACUGGAGAGUGCAAUCACUGCUCCGUCGAAAAAGACGUUCGUCCAGGAGCUCGCAAUCUUCACAGGAGUAUAUUCAGACGAAAAUAUCUUAAAGUGUCUCUGCGGCCCGCUGUUAACCUUGCUGAACCCAAUCACCUGUUACACAGUCACCACUGCUGCGAUUCUGAAUUGCUGGCUCGUGGGAGGUGCAAUCGUUCUAUCUGGGCUGUUGUCCGGGCCCCCUUGGUUGUACAACGCCGCUCAAGUUGGCUACGCCGGCACUGGACCUUUCAUCGGAGGUCUACUCGCUUCAGUGGUCACAGCUGCUGCAGGAGAUAACUUGAUCAAAUAUAUUGCCAGAAGAAAUCGUGGCGUAUACGAACCAGAAUUCCGGCUCCUGUUCAUGGUUCUUGCGGCUAUCACCGCCGUGCCUGGGUUUUUCGCUUUCGGCUAUACCCUCAGUAUCGGGGCCAGUGUCUACCUUGUCAUAUUCUGUCAGGGCUUACUGAUGUUCGGAGUCUUUGUGGGCAUCUGGUCCUCGAUGUCCUACGGUCUCGACGCCUUUCGAAAUCUUGCCAGUGAGACUUUUGUCAUGAUCAUGACUUUCAAGAAUCUCAUGUUCUUUGGUCUCAGCCAUUACGCCAAUGACUGGGUUGCAAACAAGGGACCACAGGAGAUGAUUGCCGUGUUUCAGACAUUACGUGACCGCUUCGAGCUGGGCAGAUUCGUCACUCAGCAAGACCGUGCCUGGAACAUGCACGAGCUUGUGGUCUUUGAGUAUCCCGAGACCCAUGUUGAUGAUCCAGGCCGAGGACAAGUGCUGGCGCGUACGUCCUUCGAGAGGGUUCUUUGA